GUUGCCGCCAUGCUCGGCCACUGACGACCAUGGCAUAUGCACCAUGUUAUAAGUAUACAGCACUGUAGUCCUGUGCUACACCGCUCUCAUCUCAGUCCUCGCCGUUGCGUAACGCAAAGGAUCAGACAACAUGGGACAUGACGUUCAGCCCACAGCAAGCGUUGAUGCUUGGUGUCGGGAUACCCUUGUAGCAGAAGCUCGAAUUCGUAUCGACCGCGACAUCGUCUCCGCAUAUGAAUCAAUCAGCAAGUCACUUACACGUAUCCUCACUAGGAGACACGACAAAAUCAAUACCACUUACGAGUCCAUCCGAACGCUACGAACUACGCGCAACUCCUUGUCAAAGAUAUGUGCCCUACCUCCCGAGAUCCUUGUGACGAUAUUCAGCCAUUGCUCCGCCGAUUGGGUUCCGUUCUCCCAUGUCUGCGAGCACUGGCGAGACACGCUUAUCUAUACACCCCGAUUCUGGUCAAGCUUUUCGAUUAACACCUCAUCACUAUCUCCAUGGUCGAGGGUCAAACUUGAAAGGUCAGGCGUGUCACCACUGGACCUCAAGGUCGCCAUCAGGGACGGCGCCAGUUUGGAGUCUCAACCAACCCGAGAGCUCUUGCAGGAUACCUUCAGGCAAAGUCCACGGAUACGCACGCUUCAGCUGACCUUCGUAGCAGACGCCAUACCACUCCUUGUCGAGAAUCUCACCGCGCCUGCCCUAAUCCUAGAGUCGCUAAUGCUUGCCCGUUGUGAUAACGCCGACGAAUCAGAUUACUUACCCGGCCUAUUUUCCGAUCAAACACCAGCUUUACGAAGACUGCUCCUGGAAAAAUGCUCACCACCCAUGGACUCACCCGUAUUUACUCAACUUCAUUGGCUUGAGUUCAAAUUUGUUCCACCCAGUCUCAUACCAGACGCCGAGCGCUUGCUCGCGGCGCUACGGCAUACUCCAGCGCUGCGCGAGCUGAGAAUCGUAGAAUCACUUCCGCUCGAGACUGCAAUCACAUCCCUUUACUUCUCCGACCAGCCCCGAAGCGAUGUUGUCUCUCUUCCAAAUCUCCGGCGCAUCCGUAUGCUGGGAUCUCUCGAUGCGUACGCAGGUCUCUUAACCCUUCUAGAUUUCCCAAUGACAACACGCCUCCGACUUGAUCUUGGACUUCGGUCCCCUCUUGAUCCCGCGCUCUGGAACGGCGUGCCUUUUCUGCCCCAGAAAGUCUUUCAGGACCGCCGGUCCUCGUUUGACUCAGCACAGACGUUGGAGUUCACUAUCAGUUCCCAUCAUUGCGUAUACAAGCUGUAUGACACGCAAGACGAGCUGGACUCUCGAGCUGCGCCUCGUACGAUCGCCAACGCCCGUCACAAGCCCACCCACCACCUAGACAUACGCUUCAUCAGCGACAGCAUCCGACUCAUCCCCCGCUCUUGCAUGUUCCUUCCGUUCAUUCCCGCCAGCAGACUCGUCGUGCGAAUGGACCAGCGCGCUGCAGUCGGGCUCCUUCCGUUCCGCGACCUCUUCCGCGGCUGCCAACAGGUGCGGAGCUUCUUGCUCGAAGGAUACGGCGACUUCGCCACCGCCAUUGGCGCAUUGAACCCACGCAAUACAGCUGGCGUGGUCAUGCCGCAGCUCGAGGAACUGCAUAUACGCUGGUACGAUGGCAAGGCGGGAUAUGCCCAGUCCACGCCUGAAGAUCUGAUGGCCGCCCUCACUGAGCGUGGAAAUGCUACUGGUGCACCACUAAGGAAGCUCGUGCUUGAGGGCCAUUAUGUCCUGUUCACGAUGUUUAAACCGAUGGUCGAGAUACUCAAGGGUGUCGUGUCAGAGGCGUACAUAUUGUCGGGCGGGGAAGUUGUGAAGGAGGACGAGUGGUAUCACAUUGAAGAUCCCGACUCGAGUUCUGAUCUGGACUAGACGUGUUUUACAUUUGGACGGUAAUUUUGAUCUACGGACUGGUGUCUCGGCCCAACAUUGGAUAUUUAUAGUACUAUAUUUUGCAAGGUACAGCAAGGACUUUCGAGUUCAACCUGAUAUUGACUAGUUAUUUAUAUGGCCAUACCUGUACUGUAGCACUGGCCGUUGGACUGCAGAGCGGUUGGACAACUUCAUUCAUCAUAUGUAUCGUCUCCUAGGAUUCUGAGGUAAUUACGCUU